GCCGCAGUGUGUAUGGUUGGAAUGAAAGAAACGCGUGUUUACCGAAGCAGCACAUUUGCUGUGUAGUUUGUUGGCAUAGAGUCAGUCAGUCAGUCAGUGAGUUUAUAUCACGUAAAGAAAUCGCUGCAGAUUUUCACAAUUUUCCUAGUUUGUCUUUCUCUCCGAGAAAACGUUAUGUAAAAGCGGGACCACGACAGUGUUGCAACGGUUCUUGUGAAACUGCGACGUCCACCCCAGAUUCGUCCUCGUGAUAGGCGAAACGACUCCGAAUACACACAUCUCGUUGAAUCUACCUUUCCAUCGUUGAUGAGGACUGCUGCAUCUGUGAUAAUUGCCUCAUUUCACCUGUUUUAGGAGCCGGGUUUGGUUUUAGAAAAAAAAACAAAAAAACUUGGAAUCACAAUGGAAUCUACGGACGCCUCGUGGCUUCGUCCUGACGCACGGAUACCCCCGGGCUUCGACUCCACCCCAAACAUUUUACCCUCGGAGGACAUCAGUGACAUGUUUUUCCCUCACACUCUCGAGUCGAACUCUGGACAUAUGAAUGGUGGUUACUAUGCCGGUCCGUCCGCCCGUGCAUCCGCUCACGGAUAUAGACAGCACGCGACGGGCCAGAUCCAGCGCCCCCACUUUCACACGCCCCUCCACCCGUGGAUUACGGAGACGAAAUCCUUCACGCUGCACGAAACAAAAUCCAUGGUGCCGCAUGCGCACUCGGGCUGGGUGAACCCCUUCACCAAGUCGCUGUCGCACCCGUCGCCCACGGCACCCCUCUCCGUGCACCCGUCCACGUCGUUGGUGGCGUCGAACUCGUUCAGUUUCCCCCCUACCCCGCCCAAGGACGGUACGCCCGAGAACGUGCAAGGACAGAGUGAAUACACGCCCGAUAACAAGCCGAAACAAAUGGACGGCUCGGAGGGUUUCUCCUCGUUCCACCCCGUGCCCACCUACCCGUAUAUGACGGCGGGCGACUACACCGGCAACCACAUCGGGUUCCAUCCGUCAGCGUCCGUCUUCAAAACCACAUCUCUGUCGAGUCGAUCAAGAACCAAAAGCAGGUCAAGUACAGAGGGUCGAGAAUGCGUCAACUGCGGGGCGACGUCAACACCUCUGUGGCGACGUGAUGGCACCGGCCACUAUCUGUGCAACGCGUGCGGCCUGUAUCACAAAAUGAACGGCCAGAACCGACCCCUCAUCAAACCAAAGAGACGACUGUCAGCAGCACGUCGGGCAGGCACGAGUUGCGCCAACUGUGGCACGUCAACGACAACGUUGUGGCGGCGUAACGCCAACGGGGACCCAGUCUGCAACGCGUGUGGUCUCUACUACAAACUACACAACGUGAACCGGCCGCUGACGAUGAAGAAGGACGGCAUUCAGACGAGAAACCGCAAGAUGUCGACGAAGAGCAAGAAGAACAAGAAGGGGAUGGGCGUCAUGAACGACUUCCUCAAACCACUCGACAAGUCGUACGGCGGCUUCGGCAUGCCCAACCACUUCAACCCCAACAUGCACACCUCCAUGCACCCGUACAUGGGCGGCGGCGGCGGUCUGGGUGGCGGCUACAGUCACGCACCGCAAAUGGGCGGCGGAAUCGGCGGCUUCUCUUCCGGGUUCAGCAACAACUUCGCGACAUCAUCAUCGUUCCCGACGUCAUUCUCCGGCUUCUCGGCGUUACCCACGUCGGGGCUGAAUCUGUCUACCUCCAACAUGGUGGGCGCCAUGGCCUAAGACUUGACAUCAUCAAAGUGUGGAGAGACUAUUCCAAUAAAAACAAAAAACACCGGACAUACUUGCUGUUUAUAACUGACUUACCGCAAUGACCUAACAUGAAGGAAGGAGAAGAAAGAAAGGUUUGGUGCUGUUUUUGUAAAGGGAGGAAUACACUGCCACCGACUAGUGCUAGGUCAGACAUGGAGGGGACCUCUCUGUAGUGGUUCGUCUUCUAGAACGUAUGCAUAUUUUUCAAGGGUGUGUUCGCAGCCUGUCGCCGCUCGUCUAAGAGUGCACGUCACGAACUACUCGAGAACACAGUUGGAACAUUUUCUUACCAGUCUGAGACGUGCGGAUCAUCAAAGGAGAUCCUGCCGCGCAUUUCAAUUUAAGAAGUGUCUCUACGUGGUCGCGUCCCGACGACUUAAGCUCAAGUCCUUGGACAGGGACACACAAACAUACAAAUAUGUAUAUGUGUUUUCAGCCGGGACUUGGCGAAGCGCCGAUAGUAACAAAAUGAGCAGGACACCGAACGAUUGAAUUACUCCGGCUAAUCGAGGAGGCGGGGACUGAGACUUACGGAAAGCGCUCGACGAUAUGAAACCCUUCAUCGGCGGUGUCGGGUGUAGAGUGUGCAAUGUACUCGUAUCUCGAGGGUGGGGUCGACUCGCAAGCUGCCCUCGGGAUUGUGCGCCCAGCGAAGCGUGUAGCUCGGUUGUACACCAUUGUGUGCACGGCAUAUCGGUGGCAGUCGACAGCGUCAGGCAGUCUGUGAGAACUCGGUCACGUGGACAACUUGUCGUCUGCGCUUUGCGUGCGACACGGACUGGCCGGACAGAACUUUGUGCUUUACGACAGAAACUGUCCGCGUCAGUUACGCUUGUCACGUGACCCGCCCAGUGCAACCAAAGUUGUGUUUUAAUCACAGGUUUGACUGUGUUUCAAGGGCAAGAAAUAAAAACACACAUUUUCAGCAUUAUUGAGCGAUGAACUGUUUUUUAAACCUAAAAUAGCUCUUCAACAAUGACAUGUUUAAUAAGGAAGUGGCUAUAUAAAUGGCGGUCGUUUAUUUAGGUCCAGCUAAAUAAGGGCUGGCUAUAUACACGGCUGUUGAAAGACGGUUGGAAAGACUGUUGUGGUACUGGAGUAGGCCUAGUUGUAUUUUAGGGGUUUGGCCUACCCCGCGGCCCACGUUUAUAUCACUGCUACUGACAUCAUGUUGUCUCACUGACCUUCCUGGAAGGUGUUUUUUUUAUAUAUAUUUAUUGUUAGGCUCGAUCUACAAUGUUGUUAAUAUUUAUGCAAUCGUAAGUUUGUUAUUUUAAAAAGUUAUAAACUACGUUUUAUUAUUUCAUAACAGUAAAUCGUGUUUGUCGUGUGAUUAAUACUAUUGCAGUCGAUUUUUUUACAUCAAUUGUUGUCAGUAAUUUACAUAAUAAAUGUUUAUCGAUUUAUUUAGCACUUUUAUCAAGUUUAAGGAUCAUAUUUUAGAAUUUAAAAACUAUUUUAUCUUACACUUUUUUCAAAACACUUUAAAUUGCAUCACAUUAUUUAAGUAAUGGUAAAUAAUUAGUUCUUGUAUAUUCUUGAUUUUCAGGACAACAUAAUGGAUUUUUAAUAUUUAAUAAUACACCAGUGUGUGAUUUGUAUUAUCUAUUUAUUGACUGAGACAUAUACAACAAAAACGACAUUUAGUAUUAACGCACUGACUAUGAUAAAACAGUUUAAGUGGCAUUACAGUAGUUACAGAUUCAAAUUUGUUCUGAAAUUAUCGGGUUAAUAUAUUUAAUUAUUAAUAGUAAAUUUAUCAGUUCAGAUUAUUGCCUUUCAGAGCGGCUAUGUUCAUCAAACACUUCAAUUCAAACGGAAUAUUAAAGUUUAUGAGAAAAUCCUUGUCACUUGGAAUCGUUGGUUGGCGUAAAUAAGUAUUAUUCAGACCGAAACCACCACCCAACCGGAUCAUCCAUCAGUAAGGAUGUGAGAAAUCUCACUUUAUUGUACUGUAAUACACAUGUAUUGUGAGCAACUUAUUCAAGUUUAAAGAUCCUGUUGCAUACACAAAGUAUUUCACUUUAGGCGAUGUGUUUAUCGAUCAAAGUAAAGACCGGAAGGAAAAGGUAAAAUGUAUACUUUAAAUAAAAGGUAUAUUCCCCAAUUGACAUUUUUUCAUUAUGAAUAUAUCAAAUGGAACUGAUACUAAAAAUAGGUAACAAAACAAAAAAUAGAAUAGAGAAUAAUUAUAGAGAUUUCAAAGAUAUUUAACAAAUUUGAUUUUGGAUUCAUUCAUAACAUUUAGUUCUGAAAUCUUAUUUUAGGUAACUCUUUGGAGGCUUGUUGAAAUGAAUAUCUCACUUUGUAUUCUCGAACAGUAUAUAAUAUGGUGUUAAUAAAAUUCACAUUUCGCUAUUAUCUGUAGUAAUAAUAAAAAUUCCAUGUCCGUUGUUCUCUACGGUAAUGUCACUUGAUUAUUAUGUAAUAUCGAACUUUUAACAACGUAACAAUGAAAUCAACUCUGUAAACUGCAGAAGAAUAUUGUUAAAAAUUGUGUACAAUUGUGAAUUUGGUGCAAUGUUGUAUUGUUUUCGAAAUAAUAUGAAAUUAUGAACGAUCAGUCUUCUGGGCUGUAGGUUAUAAAUAAUCUUAUUCUGUCUGUCUCGGUUAUUAUCAAUUGAGAGAAAUGGAUGUAGGAAGUACAUUCCAGAAAUCUCUUUGCUGUGCCGGAAGUUCACCUCUUGAAGGAUCGUGUCUUGUUUAGUAUAUGUUAUAACUAUUCACAACUAUAUUUCAAAGUAAAUAUUCAUCAAAAUGAUUCAUAUUUUGGAAUCUAAAAUACGUUAUUCAAAUGUAGUCUAAAUUAUUAAUUUUACUAUAAUUAUAUUGCAAUUUUAAAAUAAUUAUGUUCAUAAUUUAUACAUAUGUAUUAUCCUAAUAGGUUUUAAAUAAAUAUGUACGUUUUGAGCUUCACCCGCACAGUAACUUGUAUAAAAGAGUUACGAUAAAUGAUGUCAAAAUUAAUUUUGUUUAUGUGUAAUUCACUGUAAAUUUAUUAAAACUAUUUUUGUUUAAAAAAAAAAUUGUACUCGGAAAACGUUGAAUAAAGUUAAUAAUUACAUAUAAUUUAAAAUUCACGAAUAUUAAGGCCGUAGUACGGCGUUGUUUAACAUAUUUACACCAUUUCUAUUUAAAAUAAUAACUGAGUAUGUCAUCUGCCAUAAUAAUUUACAAAUAAAUAAAAACAUCGUUCAAAUGAAAAAAAAAAAAGUGUUUUCGUUAGUGUAUUUUUGUUUAUUUGUUUAUAACUUAGAGAUUAUGAAAGUUACAUUGAUAAUGCAAAAUAUGUUACCUGAAUACUACACGGCGUCUUCAAGGCGCGAACUAACGGACUGUGGAACAGGAAUCUCAAGCACUCUUUAAGGUUACUGUACAUAGAAUUAUCUGCUCAAUAUCUUGUAUAAGACAACUCCAUUUAUCCGUAAUAAAAAAAAUGUGAACAAUA